CAGAGAAGUGAACGCGGAAUCGAGUGAGGAUGUCCGGGCGCGGGAAGCAGGGCGGGAAGGCGCGCGCCAAGGCCAAGUCGCGCUCGUCGCGGGCCGGGCUGCAGUUCCCCGUGGGCCGCGUGCACCGGCUGCUGCGCAAGGGCAACUACGCGGAGCGGGUGGGCGCCGGCGCCCCGGUGUACCUGGCGGCCGUGCUGGAGUACCUGACGGCCGAGAUCCUGGAGCUGGCGGGCAACGCGGCCCGCGACAACAAGAAGACGCGCAUCAUCCCGCGCCACCUCCAGCUGGCCAUCCGCAACGACGAGGAGCUCAACAAGCUGCUGGGCAAGGUGACCAUCGCGCAGGGCGGGGUGCUGCCCAACAUCCAGGCCGUGCUGCUGCCCAAGAAGACCGACAGCCACAAGGCUAAAGCCAAGUGAACACAACGGAAAAGAGGCACGUUGUCUCUUCCGGAGACGUUAACCCAAAGGCUCUUUUCAGAGCCACCCACAAAAUCAUAAAAGAGCUCAGUUAUCCCUGCUCUAUAGUUACACCGGUUCACAUGAAUUACUCAACCCGUUUUGUUUCAUUUUCUCCAAGUUUAUUAACAUUAUUUUUGGCGCGGUUAUAGUAGCAACGCUUUCCAUGUUUUUGCUAACAUAAAGUCGUGCCAUAAAUGUCCUCCCAUAAGUUCUUGCUGGCAUAGGACAUUGUCCGUUGGGUUCUUCCGCCAGAGAACAUGGGAACAAAGUAUAUCGGCGUCCCUCCCUCCCCCCCCCCUCCCCCCCCCCCCCUUCCGCGUUUUUCUUCUGCGAGAGCGGCUGCAGCGGCACCAGAUUUACGAGGCGAAGGGGGGGGGGAGGGCAGCGGGCCGGGUUCUCCGCUGGCCAAUCCUUGGUUAGGGCGGGCUUUUUCAAUACUUAAAGCUCCUUUCCUUUCUCAUCCGGAACAAA